AGCAGCAGCUCACCAGAGUCAACACGACAACAGUCGAAGCCUCAAGUUUUGUAUAAACAAUAAAAAAGAAAACAAUAUAAAAAAAAAAGAACAAACAAUAAAGUGAAAAGUGCAAGUAGACAAACGCUAAACAACAAACGACUCUGUGUGUUUGACAUAAUAAAUAAAUAGUGGCAACUAAAAUAAAAACAAUAAAAUGGAUGCCUCAGAGUUUCGUGAAUUUGGCAAGGCAGCCGUAGAUUUUGUUGCGGAUUAUCUGGAGAAUAUACGCGAUCAUGAGGUGCUUCCUUCGGUGGAGCCAGGGUAUCUGGUGGAGCUACUACCGAAGCAAAUGCCUGAAACGCCACAAAGUUGGCGUGAGGUGCUGUCGGAUAUCGAUCGCGUGAUCAAGCCCGGCAUAACCCAUUGGCAGUCACCGCACAUGCAUGCCUAUUAUCCCACCAGCACUUCGUAUCCCUCUAUAGUGGGUGAAAUGUUGGCCAGCGGCUUCAGUGUUGUUGGUUUCAGCUGGAUCUGCAGUCCCGCCUGCACUGAGCUGGAAGUGGUUGUCAUGGAUUGGCUGGCCAAAUUCCUGAAGCUACCCACACAGUUCCUACACGAGACCGAAGGACCUGGGGGCGGCAUUAUUCAAGGCUCCGCCAGCGAGGCAGUUUUGGUUGCCGUGCUCGCCGCUCGGGAGCAGGCAGUGCGCCGAGAGAGUCAGCUUCAUCCGGAGCUAAGCGAGGGCGACAUCCGUGGCAAGCUGGUUGCCUAUUCUUCCGACCAGAGCAACAGCUGCAUUGAGAAGGCGGGCGUCUUGGCUGCCAUGCCCAUUAGGCUACUGCCCGCAGGUGAGGAUUUGGUGCUGCGAGGUGAGGCUUUGAAAGAAGCCAUUGAGCAGGAUGUAGAGGCUGGCUUGAUUCCCGUCAUCUGCAUUGCCACGCUGGGCACUACUGGUACAUGUGCCUAUGAUGAUAUUGAAUCCCUGGCCAGUAUUUGCGAAGCACAUCAUGUCUGGCUGCAUGUAGAUGCAGCUUAUGCUGGUGCCGCCUUUGCCUUAGAGGAAUGCUCUCAGUUGCGUCGAGGUCUGGAUCGCGUAGACUCUCUAAACUUCAACUUGCACAAGUUCAUGUUGGUUAACUUUGACUGUUCAGCCAUGUGGCUGCGCGACUCCAACAAGGUAGUGGACAGCUUUAAUGUGGAUCGCAUUUAUCUAAAGCACAAAUAUGAAGGUCAAACACAAAUUCCCGAUUUUCGCCACUGGCAAAUACCCUUGGGUCGCCGUUUCCGUGCACUCAAGGUCUGGAUUACGUUCCGCACAAUGGGUGCCGAAGGUCUGCGUGCACAUGUGCGCAAGCACAUUGACUUGGCUAAGCAAUUUGAGGAUAUGGUCAAGUCGGAUACACGCUUUGAGUUGGUUGCUCCCCGCGCUUUGGGCUUGGUAUGCUUCCGUGCCAAGGGCGAUAACGAGAUUACGGCACAACUGCUGCAACGCCUAAUGGAACGCAAAAAGAUCUACAUGGUCAAGGCUGAGCAUCGUAAUCGACUCUUUCUGCGUUUCGCCAUUUGUGGCAUGGAUCCAAAGCCAGCUGACAUAAAAUAUGCCUGGUCAGAGAUAGAGUCGCAGCUGACAGAAAUUACUACGCCACAAUUGAUCACUCGCAAGGCAGCUGAUGUAACGGAACUCAGUCAACAUUUGUCUGGGCUGCAGCUAACAAAUGAAACCUUGGAACGUUAAGAGAGUUGAAAUAUAUUUAUUCUUAAUUUGCUUGUAAUUUAGUCUAAGCACGCGCACACAGCUGUUUUAAAAAUA